AUGCUACGAUCACUCUUGCCCGUGGGCAUUGCCUUUCUUGGGGCGUCAACCGUGCUCGCCCAGGGACCAGCUACCUGUUCACUUACACAGAAGUGUCCAAAGGAGGCACCGUGCUGUUCACAAUACGGCCAGUGUGGAGUCGGCGCAUACUGUCUCGGAGGAUGUGACCCUCGGAUGUCGUUCUCCCUCGAUGCCUGCGUACCGGAACCGGUGUGCGCCAGCAAGACCAUGAAGAUGGACAACACGGACAACAUAGUCGACGUGUCGAAAUACCUCGGCGACGCGACAAAAGCCGACUGGGUCGCACAAGGGACGCCGCUUCCCUUCGAGGGCAACACUAUUUUGACGAUGCCGCCGAACACAGCGGGCACCGUGCUCGCCUCAACCGUCUAUUUGUGGUAUGGAAACGUCAAGGCCAAGAUCAGGACCGGCAGAGGGGCGGGUGUCGUGACGGCCUUCAUCCUCUUGAGUGAUGUCAAGGACGAGAUCGACUACGAGUGGGUUGGCACCGAGCUGGAUACUGCCCAGACCAAUUACUAUUUCCAGGGCAUCCCUGACUACACGCAUUCGGGUAACAUUACCGAUGUGUCCAACACGAACGAGAACUUCCACGAGUAUGAGAUCCGUUGGACGCCCGACGACAUCACUUGGCUGGUAGAUGGCAAGGUCGGUCGUGUCCAGAAGAAAUCAGACACAUGGAACGCCACCGCCAACCAAUGGGACUUCCCCCAAACACCGUCGCGUCUGCAGCUUUCCAUCUGGCCCGGCGGUGCCAGCACUAAUGCUGAAGGAACCGUCAGCUGGGCGGGCGGCCCCAUCGAUUGGAACAGCGAGGACAUCAAGCGCGACGGUUAUUACUACGCCACAUUCAGCGAUGUCAGCAUCGAGUGUUACCAAACGAAGACGGCCCCUGGCACCAAUUCUGGGAAGAGUUACACGUUCACGGACGCCAAGGGCACAAACGACACAGUCGAGGACGGCGAUAAGAACCCGGUUCUCAAGUCACUCCUGGGUACUGGUCUAGACAUGGACAAGGAGCUAUCACCCGACUCAGACCCUUCCGAAGUCAUCCCUGGCCUAACAGGUGGUGGGCCUGGUACCAACGGCCAGGCAGCCGGUGAUGCCAAUGGUUCUGGCUCGAGUGGAAGCUCUGGCUCUGGCUCUGGAUCAAGUGGCAACGCUGGCUCUACACCCAAGUGCAGCUCGUCUAGCGGUUGGCAGCAGGACUGUGGGAGCGGUAGCAGCAGCUCUGGCAGUACUAAUGAGGGUGCCAGACAGGAGCACGCACUCGGAGCGAGUGCAUUCGCUGCGCUCAUUGCCGUCGCGGGCAUGCUCUACCUAUGA